AUCAUUCAUGGUGGACGACAUGUUUACUAUUCCCAUUCUCUGUCACAAUUCUCUUGAAGAACAAUCACAAUCAACAUUCUGAAGUGUCACUUUCAGAGGAGAGUAUGAAAUGGGCGUGUUCGGUAACAGCGCUACAGUAUACCAGUUAGGCUAUCUACGUUGGAAUACUUCCUUAUUCCGAGCUACAGUCGCCGAGGAUUCAGUUGUACCUUCCAGUCAUCUGAAGAAUGUGUAGUACAUUGGAGUAACUGCUCUUCAGAUACUUGUAUAAACGGGUGCCUGCUAGUCACACAAUUUAUGCAUUGCUUGUCAGCAGGACCAUUGUUCACUUUAGAAGAGGAAUGGAAUUUAAAGGAGAUGGGAAGGACAAGUUUUUCAUAGUGACACGGGGGAAGGCGAGAAAAGGCUUCUCCAGAGGAUGUAUCGGCCGUGUGGAAGCAGUGUUGCAUAAAGGAGAGCUGAUGGGACUGUUGUACGGAGGUGGCAGCAGUGGGAAUCCUAAGAGCAGGGACAUGGUGAAGAGGGAGGACACGUACCCCCUCACCCGACACCAGGCCCAGCUGCUGCUCUUCGUGUCCCCCUCCAGCAAACGCUUGGAGCUCCUGUGUAACCCCCAGCUCUUUUCAGCCAUCUGUGUACUGUCUCAGGAUGAUUUGGUAGUGGUUAAGCACAAGAAAGGUCACCAGCCAGGCCUGGUUCGGAACCUGAUGCUGAUCGGUAAGAAGGAGAACCAAGGGGACCUGCUGAUGCUGGGCUUUGAGGUUGAGUUUGUGCAGGACUCUGAUCAAACAGUGUCCCCUAAGAAGCCCGCCCCUCUCCCCCUGUUCAGUGCAGCAGACAUUGUCCAGGUUGUCCCAGCAUACUCUGUAGACAUUGGCCCUCGCUGGAAAGACAGUCAUUCAGAGGGUCUAAACAGAAAGGCGGUGUCACGUAUCAACUCCAUGCCUAAUAUGGGAUCUCGUGGACGACAAGUGAGAGAUAUAAACCAUUUAGACCAGAAUGUUACCCAAACCCAAACCCCAACCCAAAGCCCGUCACACCACCCUUUUGAGGUUGGAUCCAUGGUGGAGGUAACAUCCAACACUGGGAUAACUGUAUAUGGGGUGAUCCGUUGGAUGGGCGUCCUUUCAGAAAAUAAAAACGACUGGGCCGGAAUUGAGCUGGAUUAUGAGGUGAAUAAUUGCUCAGAUGGGACGUAUGGAGGCCAGCAGUAUUUCACUUGUAAAGGGGGCAGGGCCUUGUUUGUGCCCCUCACAAAGUGCAGUCCAGAUGGAAGGUUCUUAUGUCCCCCCUCUGAAAAGGAGACCCUCAAAGCGACAGAUAUCCCCCCAGUCAUUCCUUUGGAGGAAACAGACGAGAACGUCCCUCCUAUUCCUGAGUCGGAAGCCCUGUCUUUGCUCGUGGGCAAGAUGAAAGGGAUCCAGGGGCACUAUAACUCCUGCUACCUCGAUGCCACUCUAUUCAGCCUGUUCAGCUUAUCUAUGACCCUGGACAGUGUUUGCCACAAACCAGCUGGCACAGAAAAGAGCAUAUCUCGCUCUCUGAAGAAAGACAUUGUCAACCGUUUGCGCAGACAAGGUUUUGUGCCUGCUGAGAGCGUAAUGAACUUCCGCAAGCAGCUCGGGUGUGACACCUUUGUAACAGAAGAGAAAGACCCUGAAGAGUUCAUCACAAUCCUUCUACAGCGGGUGCUUUGCAUGAAGUCAUUGCUUAAACUCAGGUCGAAUAACGACACAUCUCAGGAUGCCUACACAUUCCAGAUUAUUCUGGAUAAGGAGCAGGUGACACAGACUCCCACUGUCCAGCAGCUCCUGGAUAUCUCCUUGCUGUCUUGUGGCCUCAAGUUUGAGGAGAUCCCAUCCUGCCUCAUGGUCCACAUGCCAAGGUUUGGGAAGAAGUACAAGAUGUUCCCCCACAUUAUCCCCUCGACAGAAUUUGACAUCACAGAUCUUCUAUACAACUCCCCCCGAGAAUGCUUCCUCUGUGGGCGUUUGGCAGAGUACGAGUGCCCCCAGUGCCUACAAGACCGCAAGCUCCAGCCAGGAAGAAUCAAACAGUAUUGCACUACCUGCAAGACACAGGUGCACACUCAUCCCUCUCGGCAGAGCCACUGCCCUAGAGCCCUGGUAGUGCCAGCGGAGGUGCCAGCAGAUGCCCCUGUACCCAGGCACAAAAUGCAGUUGUUCGCUGUGCUCUGUAUCCACACCAGCCACUAUGUGUCCUUUGUGAAGUAUGGCCCUGGCCCUCGCUCCUGGCUCUUCUUCGACAGCAUGGCAGACAGAUGUGGUGAUGACCAGAGUGGCUACAACAUUCCAGAGAUCAGGGCUUGUCCUGAGGUGGGUGACUUCCUGUCUCAGUCAGAGGAGGAGCUAGCGCGGGCUGACCCCUCCCAGGCUGGAGAGUCUGUCCGCAGGCUGCUGAGUGACUCCUACAUGUGUCUGUAUCAGAGUGCCUCCAUGGCACUCUACAGAUAAAGUCAGCACAAGGCUGAAAUGUACUGGGGAGAACACAACAUUCUCACAACAAUGCUACAAUAACCUUGGUUUCAGAGUCGCCAUGGCGUCAAAUCAUUUUCACAGAAAUAAAACUGAUGAUUAGCUGAAGACCUUGAACUUUAAAGGCUUUUAUGAGAACAGAAAUAUACACCAAGGUCUUCUCAAAUGUUUUUCUUUGUCAAUGUAGACCUACUUGACCUUUGUUUCAAUAAAGAUUGAUUGAUGAGGUUGGGGUUAGGAAGGGCAAGUGAACUAUAUUAUUUUUUCCCUCAUUGCCUACACCAACCAUUUCCCACUCACUGCUUGUGUUUUGGCAAUGUUUUAUUGUUGCCAAUUUUAUGUAAACAUACAGUAUCGUAUACUCUAGAUCAGUGGUUCCCAAACUUUUUAUAGUCCCGUACCCCUUCAAACAUUCAACCUCCAGGUGCGCACCCCCUCUAGCACCAGGGUCAGCAAAUAACAUCAGUGUUUUAACAGCGCGAUUUGCUAAGGCAGGAUACUCAGCGCAAUCCAGAAAUCUGGCAGUGGCUUCUGAUUAAAUUAAAUUUUCACAUAACCGCUUGUUGCAAUUUCGAUGAGACCCACUUGUUCAGAUAUUGGUAAGUGGACUGGAUAACGAAUCCAGUUGCUUGUGUCAUCCGUUUUGGGAAAGUACCUGCGUAAUUGCGCACCCAACUCCGGUGCUUUGCUAUAUCACAUUUUACUUUGUCCGUAAGCUUGAGUUCAUUUGCACACAAAAAAUCAUACAAUGAAGGAAAUACCUGUGUUGUCCUUGUUAAUGCAGACAGAGAAGAGCUCCAACUUCUUAAUCAUAGCCUCAAUUUUGUCCCACACAUUGAAUAUAGUUGCGGAGAGUCCCUGUAAUCCUAGAUUCAGAUCAUUCAGGCGAGAUGGGCCAGUCUUGAGAGAAAAGUCGUCUGACCGCUUGCAUGAAGACAAGUGAAAAUGAUGGUCAGUAAAGAAAACUUUAAGCUCAUCUCUCAAUUCAAAAAAACGUGUCAAUACUUUGCCCCUUGAAAACCAGUGCAUUUCUGUAUGUUGUAAAAGCGUUACAUGUUCGCUGUUCAUAUUGCAUAGUGUAGAAAAUACACGAGAGUUCAGGGGCCUUGCUUUAACAAAGUUAACCAUUUUCACUGUAGAUAUGGCUGGGACAAUGCUGGGUUCAUAUCAUUGCAUAGUGCAGAAAAUACACGAGAGUUCAGGGGCCUUGCUUUAACAAAGUUAACCAUUUUCACUGUAGAUAUGGCUGGGACAAUGCUGGGGGAAAAGGCCAAAAAAACUAUACAGACAAUUACUUCAUCAAACAACACUGUUUCACGACGCAUCAGGGACAUGGCAGGAUAUGUUUUCAAACAAUUACUGCUUCGCAUACAAGCCAGUGAAUUCUAUGCAUUACAGCUGGAUGAGUCAACAGACAUGGCAGGCCUGGCACAGCUCCUGGUAUUUGUCCGUUACGUUUAUGGGGGGGUCAAUUAAGGAAGACAACCUCUUCUGCAAACCACUGGAAACCAGGACAACAGAAGAUUAUAUUUGUAAAGUACUGGACAGCUUUGUGACAUCAAAUGGACUUUGGUGGUCAAGAUGUGUUGGUAUCUGUACUGAUGGCGCAAAAGCCAUGACAGGGAGACAUAGUGGAGUGGUAACGCGCAUGCAAGAAGUUGCUCCCGACGCCACUUGGGUACACUGCAGCAACCACCGAGCCAAAGGAAUGCGUGGCAGUUUGAAAGAUAAGUCCUCCACAAUAAUAUGAGGCUUGUCUGUCCUAGCCACUCGGUAGCUCACCAUGUAAGACGCUUCUAGCCCCUUAUUAAUUGUAUAUGUUGCUUCUAUACAUGUCUAACUACUCAAAAGUCGUCUUAAUUCUCGUUCAAAAAACUCCCGUGGCAUAUUUUUCAAAUUGGCAUGUUUUGUUUCUAAUUGUCUGCGCAAGAGUGAAGGUUUCCUCGAGUUGUGAGAUAGUACUUUUGCACAUAUAACACACUGUAGCUGAGAAAAGGCACUACUCCCAAUAUAAGUGAACCCCAAAUCAAUGUUGUGCUCGUGGAAGCAGAACAACUUGUGUCGUCGACAGGUGCAGGUGUAGUACUGCUAGUAGUAGCAGGUAGUAGCAGUACUAGUACUGCUGGUAGUAGCAGUAGUAGGGUAUGUGUCUCUAUGGACGCGGGCCUUACUUUUUUAACCAUUUGUCCAUUUUAGACCAAACGGAAUGAGCAGAAGCUACAUUUGGCUGCAUACGGACCGUUAGUGGAAUUCCCGUGAGAGAGUAACGGUGAAUGUGAUUGGAUGUUAAUUAUUUGACUAGGCUUCCUGUAUUUGACAUUGUGUUGUUAUUUCGCUGAACACUAGAUGGUUUAGUUUUAUUUUUUGGCAGUGAAACGAGGCUACUCAGGCGAGAGAAAAACCUCACCCAAAUGUAUAGCCCCGUUGGAAAAUAUAAAUGGACUGUUUGAAAAUGUGAAGAAAAUACAUUUGUAUAAAAAAAAAUAAAAAGUGAAUCACAUUUUUAUUUGGCGUAUCAGUUAGGGAAUAGCUGCUCUAGAUUUAUGGAAUUGUGAUUAGGACUUCUUGUGGAAUUCUAUUGAAUGUCAGUGUUUCAGCUUUUUUAUAUUGAAGGAAUUAAAGAAUGAAUUAUAUACUCUG